UCAUGCGCACAUCACCAUGACUCCACAAAAUUUCCAAAAUGGCGGCUGUAAAUGCUUUGUCAAAUAUUGCCGAAGUAAAUGGCGGAUUCUCCUUCCACAAUUGCAACAGAAAUGCUAUGUUAGAGAAAAUGGGAGUCAAAACUCCGACAGCAAGGAAGACUGGAACCACGAUCGCCGGUAUUGUAUUCAAGGAUGGAGUGAUUCUUGGUGCUGAUACUAGGGCAACAGAGGAUACCAUUGUUGCUGACAAAAAUUGUGCUAAAAUUCAUUACAUUGCGCCUAAUAUUUAUUGUUGUGGAGCAGGCACAGCGGCAGACACAGAGAAUGUGACCGACUUGAUCUCAUCUCAAAUACAACUCCACUCUCUUUCAACUGGUAGACAGGCAAGAGUUGUAACAUCAUUGCGUAUGCUCAAACAAAGACUAUUCAGGUACCAGGGUUAUGUCAGUGCUGCUUUAGUCCUUGGUGGUGUAGAUUUCACUGGUCCAAAACUCCAUACAGUUUAUCCUCAUGGUAGUACCGACUCCUUGCCCUAUGUUACUAUGGGUUCUGGCUCUCUAGCUGCCAUGUCUGUAUUUGAAUCCAGAUACAAACCUGAUAUGGAGCUUGAAGAGGCUAAACAACUUGUCAGGGAUGGAAUAGCAGCUGGUAUUUUUAAUGACUUGGGUUCUGGUAGCAAUGUGGACUUGUGUGUUAUUACCAAGGAGGGGGUAGACUACAUCAGGCCAUAUAACAUAGCUAAUGUCAAGGGGGAUAGACAAGGGACUUAUGCCUACGAGAGGGGAACUACUGCUGUUUUAACAAAGACGGUGACCCCCAUCAAGGUUGACGUUGUUGAUACCAAAGUUAGUACUUCAGCAGAACCAAUGGACAUGUAAUAUACUAUGCCUUAAGGAGUAUGGAUAAGCACCCAGUAUACUGAAACAGACAGACACACGCAGUCAUGGUGGCCAUAGCUUAAAGAUAGACAGACAGAAUGACUAGUGGCUGACUGAGGUCAGACAGACAGGCAGACAGGCAUCAACUAUAGCAUUAGCUCUAGUAUAUUUGACACAAAACUGAAUAAAAACAACUUUAAGUAAA